GACUCUAUACGUCAAAUCAACGACAUACCUUCAAGGGCUAUUUCAAGUGAGGCUAGAGUAAAAAAAAAUCGGGACCUAAUGCGAGAAAUUAAAAAUUCACUGAUGACGGCAACACAGAGCAUCAAAAUGGCGGAUUUGUUUAUCCAGCGUCCAUCGUUGUGUAAUGUGUUGUUUUGUUUAUUGCUUUGGUUUAUUGUCAUAAAAGGUUAUAAGAAUUGAAUUUUUAUUUUAUUAUAUUAAUUUUAUUUUUGUUUCGACUCGGUGGGAUUGAAAUAUUUUGAGAUAGUGACUCUUGUGUGUGGUUUGAGUUAUCUUUACGAUUUUUAUGAACCUAUUUCGAAAAAGUGACUAAGACGUGACUAUGUCUUCGGUAAAUAACGCGGAAAAUCAACGCCGAUGUUAUAAGUGCGGACGUUCACCGGCUGAGGACUCGCUGACUAAAUUGUUUCGCUUUCCUAAACCCGGUAUAACGAACACAUUACGCUGUGAAUUAUGGGCAAAGUACUGCUUUCCUGAUAAAGAGCACUGGUCUCCAGAAUUUCAGCAAAAACUUCAUACACAACAUUUAAUGCUCUGUAAUAGACAUUUUUCAAGGACAUCAUUUAGUGAUUACCCUGAAACUUCAAAGAAGCUUCACAGAUUUGCUGUUCCAGAUGACAUCAAAGAGGAGUAUUGACUUCUGAAGCAGCUGUAACUGCAGGUGUCAUAUCAAACAUGGAUCAACUUUUUGAUUCUGUCAACAGCGACUCUAAAGAUUUGCGCCGCGGGAAAAUACAUGCUACAAAUUUGAAACAAACCACACCACAUCUCACGUUAUUUAAGAAAAUGAAAAUAUUUUUUAAUACUUCAAAAUUUGUAGGCAGCACACGUACACCACCUUCAAAAGAAGGAUGGGUGUGGACUCUGAAUGCAAUUGAACUAUUAUGGAAUAAACUCCGUAAUAAGCAUUCAAAUAUUCAAAGUCUUGCCACCCGCAGGCUACAGCAGGACCCACUAGAAAAUCUGUUUGGUUGCAUUCGGAGUAAUUGUGGUGCAAACUACAAUCCUACCGCUGGUCAAUUUAUUGCAGCACUAAAAACAUCAAUAUUAAGCAACCUAGCUCACCUAAGCACUGGGAAUUGCGAGAGCGAUUACUGCGAAGCCAUAAUUGAUAAUUAUAAAGACGUAUUGACCAGAUCCACAAACUUAUGCACAAAUUAUACAACUUCCACUCAACAGAGUUUUUCAUAUUCCUCAAAUUUGUCUGAGGAACUUGAAAGUAUAUGUAAUGCUGAAACAUCAAGUGGUGAAGCUCAGGCAUGUGCAUAUGUUUGUGGAUUUUUAAUUAAAAGACUUGAUUGUAGUUGCUCUAGCUGUAAUAACAUUUUAUUUUCCAAGGAAAAGUGUUUAGUAGAACAUUUAUUCCUACAAUUUAAAGAAUACAAUUCCGAAAAGCAGAGCUUAAAAUAUCCUCAUUUAAAUAUUAUAAAUUAUGUGGAAUCCUGUGUUUUGGUGAUAAACAGAAUGCUUAAAGAUAUAGGACACGAAAAGCAUGUGCUUAAAAAAGUAGUAGAUAAGGUUCAAGAAUCGGUCGAUCACGAUUUUUUAAAGGCUUGUCCAGUACAUUGGGAAAAAAAUCGCAGUUAUUUUAUAGAAAAUAUUUCAUAUAUUUGCAUAAAGAGGUACUGUACAUUAAAAAAUCGUGAGUUCUCAGAGGAAGCUUCAAAGGCUUCGUUAAAAAGAAAAAUUGACAUUUUAAAACAUAAAUAAAAAACCGUUUGGAAUGAAGUUCCUUUUGCUGAAUACCUACAAGUUAAAAGUCGUUUUACGAACAUGGAUAAAUGCACUUAAUUUUAUAUCGGACUAUGUAACUAAUUUGGUUAUACAUACUUAAAUUACUGAAAUAAAAAAGUACCAUAA